UGCGAUGUGAUGUGAUGUGACCGAUGGAUGGUGGUUGUCCUGUUGUCAUGUCAUCACAUUGUUCUUGCUCGUCCCGCGAAUCACAUGAACGGGGGUUGUUGUGCACGUGUGUAGUGUUGUUUGAUUUGUUGUUCUCAUUUAUUUAUUUUCCCGUGAACACAACAACCAUCAUUAACCCGCGCACGCACGCGGCACACGAGAGCAUUCCAGCAGCGCUCACGCUCACCACCACCACCACGAUCUUCUUGCGGGGUUAGCAGCUGCCAUCAUCGUCAUGGGUGACAGUGAAAGCACACAGCUGCUGAGCGUGCAGGCGCGCGGCGAGGCUCCUGAAACGACACGUGAAAAGGACAACGUGUCUACUUUGCGCCCUCUCGCAUUCUCAUUGGUUGCUGCCCUCGGCGCCCUGGCCUUUGGGUACUCGCUUGGGUACACCUCUCCCAUCAAGGAUGUGUUGCAGGAUCCCAAGAAAGGCAUCGACAUCAGCCAAGGGCAACAGGACAUUUUCGGCUCCAUCGUGAACGUUGGCGCCAUGGUUGGCGCCCUUGCUGGCGGCGUCUGCUUGGACCGUUUCGGCCGCACCAAGACGUUUCUGGUGUCGUCCAUCUUCUACGCGGCCGGGUUUCUGCUCAUCGCCUUCUGCCAGCACGUGACCGAGCCCUUUGCCAUGCUCCUCGUCGGCCGCAUCCUCGACGGCUUUGCCAUCGGCAUCGCGUCUGUCUCGGUGCCCGUGUACAUUGCUGAAAUCGCCCCUGCCCAUCUCCGCGGUGGCAUGGGCAGCAUCAACCAGCUGGCCGUGACGCUUGGUGUUCUGCUGGCGUAUGCCAUUGGCGCUGGCGUGACCUGGAGCAAUCUUGCUUGGAUCGGUGCACUCGCCCCUGGCGCCCUGGGCGUGGCGUCGUUCUUCCUGCCCGACUCUCCCCGCUACCUCGCAAAGAAGGGCCGCAUGCAGGCCGCACUGCGAGACCUGCGGCGCUUGCGCGGGCCCAAGGCGGACUGCGAAUCGGAGCUGAACACGGUGCGGGCGAGCCUGAGCACGGAGGAGAGCAGCGCGUCUGUGCUGGAUGUGUUCCGCGGCGCCUCUGGUCGCGCCCUCGUCGUGGCAGCGGGCAUCAUGCUCUUCCAGCAGUUUUCCGGCAUCAACGCCGUCAUCUUCUUCAGCGGCUCCAUCUUUGAGGAUGCCGGGUUUGACAAUUCCAACGUGGCUGCGCUGAUUGUUGGCAGCGUGCAGUUUGUUGUCACCGCCAUCUCCUGCGUGAUUGUCGACAAGAGCGGUCGCCGUGCGCUCCUCAUGGUGGCCGGUGUCGGCAUGGCUGCCAGCUCGGCCCUCCUUGGCUACUACUUUUGGUUGCAGAACAACCAGUACAGCGUGAGCGGCACUGUUGCUCUCGUCAACGUCAUUGUCUACAUUGCCUGCUUCUCCAUUGGCCUCGGCGCCAUCCCUUGGCUGAUCAUGUCUGAGAUCUUUCCUGGGCGCGUGCGCGGCAUUGCGUCGAGCUUUGCCACGCUGCUCAACUGGACGUGUUCCUUCAUUGUGACGGAGACCUUCUCCUCCAUCAAGUCUGCCCUGCACGAGCAGGGCGUCUUCUGGCUCUACGCCGCCGUGUGCGUCCUCGGCGUCACUUUUGUCUUCUUCAAGCUCCCAGAGACAAAGGGCCGCUCGCUUGAGGAGAUUCAGCUCUUCUUCGAGGGCAACCAUCAGUCCUCGGGCGGCGAUGAUGAUGAUGAUGACGAAGACGGUGGAUCUGGCAGCCAGGGCUCGGAUGGCAAGAAGCUGUUGCAAGUUGGUGUUCUCUUGGCCGUUCUCUACGUCGGCCUUGUUCUCUUUGGCUCCUCCAUCUAACGUGGGAGCACAGCGUGGCUAGCCAUACCAUGCGGCACCGGACCGCAUGCGCACGCGUGUCUGCGCCACACUGCGGUUGUGGCCACCCUCCCCCCUCUUGCCACCACCACCGCCACCACCUUGGUGCUCUUUUUGACCCUCGUCUGUCUCUUGCGCACCUGAUGUGCUGUGACCCUGAUCUUCCUUCAUCCUUGCACCCUGCGUUGAAUUACACGUUCCUUGCCACGCUGCUGCUCGUGUUAGCCUGUAUGUUGUUAGUCUGCAUGUGAGCUUGUGAGCGUGUGUGUGCUUUUGUGUUUUGUUUUUUGUGUUCCGGCGUGUCUGUCUGUAUGUCGUUGUAUGUCGUUGUCCACGCGUUUGAGGUGGGGGGAGAUGGGGGGGGGGUGUAUGUUUUUGGUUUGUCUGUGCGUUUCCGUGUCGGUGCAACAGCCCCAGCACAACGUGAGAGCUUUCGCUUGCUCGGUUGGUUGCUUGGUUGCUUGGUUGUCUGCCUUCUUGUUCUUGGCCUGCCUUCUUGCUUUGUCCUGCCUUCUUGUUCUUCCUGCUUGCUUUGUCCUUGCGGCACCCCCCCCCCCCUCCUUUCACCUUGUGCCAUCGUGCUGUGGUUCUCGCAUUGUUCAAUAGACACCCUUCUAAUUGCCAAGCAACAGCGGCCAACCACACGAAGAACCUACAUUAUACUGCAACGACGCA